AUGCGUGCUACUCUCUCUUCUUGUGCCUCGAGUAUCAGCAAAUCGGAAGGUUUUGGGUAUGAAGGACCAGAUGAUGAAAAAAAGGAGGGUCCUCUGAUAGUGACGCACGAAAGUGCAGACGAGGCAGUGUACGACAAGCCAUUUUUAAUCCUCGACGUUCGCGAUGGAGACCAGGAUCAUUCCAAACGGCGCAUUGUCCACGCCCGGCCUUUUCCUCUGGCCCAUUUACACCAAGAGAAAUAUUCGCCCGAGCUCAGGCGCUACCGAAACCGGGUCGGGACCCUGAUCAUUUUCUACGACGACGAUGAGAAGAUGGGGCAGGCCGCGUCCCUGGCCGCCCAGCUGGUCGAACGGGGAUGGGAGAACGUCUUCGUGCUGUCCGGAGGGAUCGAGGCGUUCGCUCAGGCCUGGCCGGCGUACGUGGAAGGUGGUCUAGGGAUGCGAUGUGGCGGGAAGGGAAGUAAGGCAGGGGUGGAGGAAGGGAAAGGGAGGAGGGAGGAUGUGGAGCCCCUGGGAGGAAACCGCAUCUCCGCCCACUCGCUGAGCCGGCUCCGCGCCUCGGAAAAGGCUUUAUGGGGGAAGACUCUUGGACAGAGAGGGCCUAGACAGGGGCGCCGUGCACGGAGCAGUCUUCCCUCUUGUCCCAGCCAGUAUGGGAGGGAGUCAAUAGCGCCUUCGUCGUGUAUGAGCCGAGGCAAGGGUACAGGGGAAAGCCGACGGCCACCCAGUCGGCUUACAAGUGAUGAGAAAGCUUCGAGAAGGCUGACGUCAACAAAGGUUUCCCACUGUCUUGACCCGCCGGGGGGAGGGAGCGUGGGCACGCCGAGCCUGGCUGCUUCCCUCGCGUCCUCCCUCUCCCUGGCCGACUCGGUCAUCCAAAACGCCCGUCGCGCACAGGGCAAAUUCUAA